AUGAAGUUCUUUGAGAAUUGUCAUCUGUUUAAUUAUCCAUUUUCACAUGUGUCUGCUGCACAUUGGCAAAAAUACCCUAACGAGUGGGCUACUCAGGUAUACGCAAUUGAUACUCUAAAACAAUUUGUGAUAGAAGGUACACAGACCCUAUAUACAGAACGACUAAUAACGUGCCGGCAAUCGAUUCCUCGUUGGAUUCGAAAAAUCACGGGUAAUAUUACCGAAACAUAUUUUCUAGAAACCAGCAAAGUUGAUCUGGCGACUCAAACGUUCAUCAUCAAGUCCACCAACCUGACAUUCAAUGAAUAUUUGAAUGUGGUCGAAACUGUGACUUAUAAAAAGCAUCCUGAACUGGAAGAAACGACUGUCUUUCAACAACAAGCCACAAUACAAGCCCUUGUUUCCUUAAAACGUCUUGCAAAUUAUGUGGAAGACUACAGUGUGUCCCGUUUUAAACAAAACGCCAAGAAGGGAAAGCUUGGAUUUGAUAGCGUGCUGGCCCGACCAAGUCCCGUUGGCUUGAAUUCACAAGAACGGACGAAUAACACAGUUUAG